AUGUCCAUGGCGCCGCCUCUCUUCCUCCGCCUCUCCCGCCUGAUCCUCCUCCUCUCGGUCUCGCUGUCGGUGGCCAUCGCGGCCGCAGACGCCCGCGCCGUGCCCGUCGACGCCAACUUCUCCGCCGCCAUCUACAACGCCGCCGGCGCCGGAGUCGGCCAGUCCUUCGACGACUACCAGUCUCGCUUCUUCUUCUCCAUCCUGCACACCAACUCACGGACGCCCGUCUGGACCGCCACUGCCACCAGCUCAACCAUGUUCAACUCCAUCGUCCUCGCCCUCGCCCCCACCGGGCUCGCUCUCUACGACCCCUCCGCCGCCAAGCCCGACGACCCCGCCUGGUCCACGCCGCGCCUCCGCGAACCCGUCGCCGCGCUGCGCCUCCUCGACACCGGCGAGCUCGCGCUCAUCGACAGCCGAAACACCACGCUCUGGUCCUCCUUCGACCGCCCCACCGACACGCUGCUCCCGGGACAGCCGCUCCUCCUCGGGAGCCCGCUCACGUCCUCCGCGUCCGACCACGACCUCUCCCCCGGCGUCUACCGCCUUGUCCUCACACCCAACGACGCGCUCCUCCAGUGGGCCACCAACGCCUCCUCCUCCGCCUUCCUCACCUACUGGUCCAUGUCCUCCGACCCCGCCGCCUUGCAAGACUCCAACCAAGCCGUCGCCUCCAUGGCCGUCAACUCCUCCGGCCUCUACCUCUUCGCGGCCAACGGCAGGGACACCGUCUACAGGCUCCACUUCCCUUCGCCGCCGGCGUCGAAGGCCGAGUCGCGCAUCCUCAAGCUCUACCCUUCCGGCCGCCUGCGCGCGGUCGCCCUCACCGCUGCCGCCACCGUCCCCACCGUCUGGGCCGCGCCGGCCAACGACUGCGACCUCCCGCUGCCGUGCCCGUCCCUCAGCCUCUGCACACCGGACGCCAACGGGUCCACCUGCACCUGCCCCGACGCCUUCAGCACCUACUCCGACGGCGGCUGCGAGCCGGCCGACGGCUCCGCGCUGCCAGCCAUCGCCGACACCUGCGCCAAACAAGAGGCAACAACGACGCGCUACAGCUACGUCAGCCUCGGCGCCGGGAUCGGCUACCCGCCCACCAAGUUCGCGGUAGCCGAUACCUCCGGCGACGAGCUCCCGGCGUGCCGCGACCUCUGCUCCGCCAACUGCUCCUGCCUCGGCUUCUUCUACAAGAACACCUCUAGGUCCUGCUUCCUCCUGCGCAACCGGAUCGGUUCCGUCUUCCGUGCCGGCGCCGACGUCGCCAUCGGCUUUAUCAAGACGCUCCCGUCACCGCAGCAGCAGCAGCAGCAGCAGCGCGGCAAUAAAGGCUCCUCGUCGUCCUUGAGCCUGAUAACCAUCGUGUUCGGCAUCGUGUUCCCCACCGUGGCGGCCGCGCUCAUCUCCUUCCUGCUCUACGCCAUGCUCAGGAGGCGCCGGCCGCAGCACCUCAAGAAGAAGAGCAGCAGCAGCUGGUUAAAGCUGACGGCGAUGCUCUCGUCGUCGCGGGCGGCGUCCUCCGCCCCGUCGGACAGCGAGGACCUGGACGAGGACGUGCUCAUCCCCGGCCUGCCGACCCGGUUCACUUACGCCGACCUGGACGCCUCGACGGACGGCUUCAGGUGGCAGAUCGGCUCCGGCGGGUUCGGCUCCGUGUUCCGCGGCGAGCUCCCCGACCGGAGCACCGUAGCGGUGAAGCGGAUGAACGGGCUGGGCACGCAAGGCCGGCGCGAGUUCCUGACGGAGAUCGCCGUGAUCGGCAACGUCCACCACGUGAACCUGGUGAAGCUCCGCGGGUUCUGCGCCGAGGGCGCGGGGCGGCAGCUGCUGGUGUACGAGUACAUGAACCGGGGCUCCCUGGACCAGACGCUCUUCCGCAUUGGCACGCUGGAGCUGGAGUGGGCGGCCCGGCUGCGCGUGUGCGUGGGCGCGGCGCGCGGGCUGGCGUACCUCCACGCCGGGUGCGAUCGCAAGAUCCUGCACUGCGACGUGAAGCCGGAGAACAUCCUUCUGGACGACCACGGCGGCGUGAAGAUCGCCGACUUCGGGCUGGCAAAGCUGAUGAGCCCAGAGCAGUCGGGGCUGUUCACGACGAUGCGCGGCACGCGCGGGUACCUGGCGCCGGAGUGGCUCAUGAACGCGCCCAUCACCGACAAGGCGGACGUGUACAGCUUCGGCAUGGUGCUGCUGGAGAUCGUGCGCGGGAGGAAGAACUCAAAGAAGCAGUGGGAGGAGGAGCAGCAUCAGAUGGCGAGCGGGUCCAGCGCGUCGUCGUCGUCGGAUCGGGACGACACCGGCGGCUACUUCCCGGCGCUGGCGCUGGAGCUGCACGAGCAGGGGCGGUACGAGGAGCUGGUGGACCCGAGGCUGGAGGGGCGCGCGGACGUGGCGCAGGUGGAGCGUGUGGUGCGGGUGGCGCUCUGCUGCCUCCACGAGGACGCCGCGCUGCGGCCCAGCAUGACGGUGGUGUCCGCCAUGCUCGACGGCAGCAUGGAGGCGGGCGAGCCCCGGGCGGAGCUCCUCCGGUACCUUAGGAUGUACGGGCGCGGGUUGGUGGACCUGCGGCCCGCCGCUGCUGGGUGGAUGGACCAAGGGAAGGCCAAGGACGCCGGCGGCGGCGUCAGCAGCAGCUGGUCGCCGCCGUCGUGCGUGUCGGCGCAGCAGCUCUCGGGCCCCAGAUGA